AUAAAAGGUCCGUCAAUGCCCGUGCCCCGUAUCCCCAGGAUGUGCCAGAAUCGGCAAGUUUCGUUCGGUCUCGCUUUGUCUCGUAUACAGACGGAACUUGGUGUUUCUACAGUUCCGCCGCCAGUACCUUGCUGCACUUUUGCUCGUUCCUAGUAUUUUUCAUCCUAGGAAAUUCCGCGAUGUAUGAAAUUAAAUUAUAGAUUUUAUUUAAGAGUGGGCGAAAUGCCAAGUGUAUUGUGAUACUAGAGUAGUGAUUUUUUUUAUACAUAGAAACCCAAAAUGAUAAAAGUGGCGAGAUGAAAUAUAACUAAUAAAAGGAAAACAAAAUAAUGAGCGAUCCAGAACUCUCGCACUUGCCACGUUCUCCAGAUUCCCUCCUUCGAUUCCCCAAUUCGACGGAAUCUUUGGACUCCCGGGCUCGGGACCGGUCAGGAUCCACCUACACGACAUGUUCGAUUCGUUUCAACCUGCCGGAUUCGAAAACCCCUUCGACAACUUAUCAUUCGUACCAGCAGGUCUCCCCGGACGACUAUGACGUCGGACCGUUCGAGGUUGAGGAACUGGAAGAAUCGGACCCGGAAGGGCCGGAAACGCCGCCGUUCCCUUUCGUCCCGAACCCAUUUCCACCGUCGAUCUAUCCGCAGAAAAGCAUUGUGGAAAAGAGGAAGGCUAAAAAUCUAUCCUUGAAAAUUCCACCAAGGAGGAGACGGUCGACGCGAAGCUCAGAGGCUUCGCAAGAAGACAUGCUCGGAAAUUUCAAAAAGUACGGUCUCAACCUGCCAGAAAGGUUGUACAUGUGGGCUUACAAAAAGGUGACUCAGCUGUCUAAAACUGGGGUCACCCAUACUUUCCUCUUGCUGGCUUUGAUCGGCUACUCACUCUUCGGCGGGCUCAUAUUCCAAAUGAUCGAAGGGAACGACGACCCGGUCGAAAAAAGGGACGUCUUCGAAGGGAGGCAAGAGCUCGUUGGCUAUGUCAGGCAGUUGGUGAAUGUAAUACCUAACCUUGAGUCACCUGUACAUAGGAAGGAAUUUAUAAUCAACGUCACGAAAGCGUUUCAAGUCUAUGAAAAAAGUGUCCAGUCAAAUUUCAACCACAACAGCAAAAUGGAUCGUGGAAGCGACGAACUCAACUGGGGUUUUUGGAGUUCCGUGUUCUUCUGUUGUACCAUUUACACAACAAUAGGCUAUGGACACAUUUCUCCGGUAACGACGAAAGGUAGAGCGUUGUCGAUAGUCUACGCUGUAAUAGGCCUACCUCUCUUUCUCAUAGUCCUUACGGACUUUGGAAAAAUGUUCACCCGUGCUAUUAAAUAUUUAUGGUCGUUCGUACGACGCGUUUACUACACGGGGACCUGCAGAACAAUCAGGAAGAACGUCAAAGAUACGGGGGCAGCGAAAGGCAUAAAAGAGAUGGUAAGAAGGGCGAGCAGGUAUGACAUUGAGGAUCUCGAAGCUGUCAAAAAUGAGGAAGUUGUGUCAUCGCCGACGGUAACUUUCGAAGUAGACGACGAAUUCAAUCUUCCCGUUUCUAUUGCACUUCUCAUUCUUCUAUCUUACAUUUUUAUCGGGGCGACCAUUUUCCACUUGUGGGAAGGGUGGACUUUCUUCGAAUCAUUUUAUUUCGUUUUCGUUUCCAUGGCGACAAUUGGUUUCGGUGAUUUUGUCCCACAGAAUCGGAAGAAUAUGAUGGCCACCGUGGUUUUUCUAGCGUUUGGCCUGUCGCUCACUUCAAUGUGUAUCAAUGUUGUAAGAGAAAAACUAGUGGAUUCUUUUGUGCACGCAAGCACCAAAUUAGGUAGGAAAGUUGGCCUCGAAUUGGAGAUCGAUCCUAGGCUGCUUGGAGACAACUCGGUAGUGCAGAAACCUCCAAUUAAAUAAGCGUUUCGCCGUUGGAUCUUAUUUUGGCGAGAACUUAUCUGUGAUUUUACACUGAACGCUUGUGGCCUUUUAACUGCUUUUUUAACCUUGAAAGGCUGUAUCAACGAUCUUCUUUAUUGUACAUAGCCAACGGGGAUUCGUUUAUAUUUUAAAUAAAGAAAUAAAUUGGUUUUGUUUUUUAA